AUGGAGGUGAUCUUCAUGAACUGGGUCAAAAGCUAUAGGACCAUCCCUGAAGGCGAGCCGUUUCCGCCAACACAGAUACCACGCCGCAUUCCCAGGGCUUACUCUACCCGUUAUCGACACGCGGCGCUAUUGAGGGAAUCGGUUGCAGCAAGAGACCGUCCAGUAUGCUUGGAGUCUGUACGUCGUGCCGUUGAGGACCUCUACCAGGCGCUACUACACAAGACUGGGAAUUACUUUCACUACUUGCACAUAGCCAUCGAAAUGAUUGAGGAGAUGUACCACUGCGGCAAGGAAUCCUCGCCCUACAUUGGGGGUGCUGAUUAG